CAGCGGACAGCAGCUGCUGAGUUGCCCAGACAUGGCGGAGGAUACAGCGGAGCGGAGGCACGGCGCCGGACUUCCAUGACUUUUUCCCAGCAGCAGAGUCGUCUCCGGGCCGUCGAAGGCUACACCAGAGCGGGGGAAAUGUGUCGGACCGACGCGGACGAGGAAGCGAGGCGAAAGACGUCGCGAACGGCCAAACGCGAGUAAAAAAGAUGGGACAAUGUAUCGCUGUUUAGUGCAGUCAACAGCCCUGGGCAACAAAUAUGGCUCCUUGUGCCUUUUUGCUGUAAACAUUCGUCUCCCAAUGCCGCGGUGGCUACGGCGAACUUGUGCCGCAAGCCGCGAUAGUAAGCUGACUUCCGUAAGCUCUCGGUACUUUUAAUUCGGCACAGGAUAUUCCUUGCGUUAGCCGGCAAAGCUAAGGCGCCUGCGAGCAGCCAUGGAGCCGAAGCACAAAGAGUUGCUCGACCAGUGCCACCAGAACUUACUGGAGUCCAUAACGGACGCCGACAGAGUCAUCGAGCUGCUCGUCGUCUCCGGUGCCUUGAGCCAGCUCGAUCGCUUCGAACUGGACCAGAACUGCUCGUCCAGCGCGGAGAAGGUGGAGCACCUCCUGAAGAUGCUGAUGAACAAGGAGAGCGACCAUUUCCUGGACCUGUGUGUGGCCCUGGAGAAGGCGUACCCGGACCUGCACGCUGCCCUCUUCUGCAGCAGCAACGGCGGGGGACCUGUGGACCACAACACCGGUUCCACAUACAGCGUCCUUUCCACCAUGCCGUCCGACUCCGAGAGCAGUAGCUCCCUCAGUAGCGUCGGUUCGCCCGUGAACGGCGAGGCGUCCUCCCCUCCCCCCGCCAUCAACGACAACCGACCCCCCGGCGACAACCUGGACACGGUGUUGUUUCAGCUCCGCCAGGUGACCAGGGAGAGGGACGAACUCCGCAAGCGUCUGGCCUUGGCAUCGCCCGGCACCACCUUUGAUGACUGCAGGCCAAAUUCCAAAGCCAGCCACGACUAUGAGCGCUUAAAAAGCCAGUGCAUGAGAGCCAUGGCGGACCUGCAGUCUCUCCAGAACCAGCACACCAAGACCCUGAAGAGGUGCGAGGAGGCUGUCAAAGAGGCUGACUUCUACCACAUGCUGCACAGUCGCGUCCUGGGCGAGCAGAUGCAGCUCAAGGAGGAGAUGGAGACGCUGAGGAGGGACAACGCUCAACUGGUCCGAGAGCACAACCACCUGAAACAGAACUGCGAGGAGCUCAAACGUCUGCACGGUCAAGACCAGCAGGAGUUGGCCGACCUGCGACUGCAACAGCAGCAGGUGAUGCGAGAAAAGGGCUCCUCUGAGGUGCUGAACAAGCUGUACGACACGGCCAUGGACAAGCUGGAGGGCGUGAAGAAGGAGUACGACGCCCUCAGCAAGCGCCACAGUGAAAAGGUGGCCACCCACAACACCGACCUGAGCCGCCUGGAGCAGGCCGAGGAGGAGAACCGGCGGCUGCAGAAGCAGAUGGACGCGUUGCUGGUGCAGCGCGACUCGGCCAUGCACUACCAGCAGCAGUACUCCACUUCGAUGAGGAGGUUUGAUUCCGUGCAGCAGGAGCUGAGCAAGUCCUCGGCCCAGAACAAGGAGCUCCAGCGCGAGAUGGAGCGGCUGCAGUCGGAGGUGACGCGCUACAAGAACCUGCAGCUGAAGGCGUCCAAGGACUGCGACAAGUACAAGGAGGAGAGGGACUCGGUCUUCAACGAGUACCGCCUCAUCAUGAGCGAGCGGGACCAGGUGAUCAAGGAGCUGGACAAGCUGCAGACGGAGCUGGAGGCGGCCGAGGCCCGACUGAAGAACACCUCCUCGGAGAGGGUGGUGGCCAGCGAGGAGCUGGAGGCGCUCAGACAGGAGUUGAACUCGUCCCUGGUGGACCGCGACAGGGCCAUCUGCGAGAGGAACGAGCUCCUGGAGAAGUACUGCCACGAGGUGAAGGACAAAGCCGAGGCCCAGAAGGAGCUGAGCCAGGCCUGCAAGGACAUCGAGAUGGUUCGAGAGGAGCGGGACGUGGCCCGCAAGGAGCGGACGGAGGCCAUCAUUCAAAGGGAUCAGCUCCUGCGGGAGUACUACCAGGCACGGCAGAAACAAGACUCUGCCACGCUGGACAUGGAGCGUGCCAACAAGGAGAUCGAGAUGCUGAGGAAGCAGUAUGAGGCCAUGUCCCAGGAGCUGAAGGAAGCCACGCAGGAGACCGAGGUGGCCAAAUGUCGCCGGGACUGGGCCUUCCAAGAGCGGGACAAAAUCGUGGCGGAGAGGGAGAGCAUCAGGACGCUGUGCGAUAACCUCCGUCGGGAGCGGGACCGAGCGGUCAGCGACCUCGCCGACGCCCUGCGGAAUCUGGACGACACGAGGAAGCAGAAGAACGACUCUUUGCGAGAGCUGAAGGAGAUGAAGGAGAAAAUGGAGGGGCAGCUGGAGAAGGAGGCCCGCUUCUGUCAGCUUAUGGCCCACAGCUCCCACGACUCGGCCAUCGACACGGACUCCCUGGAGUGGGAGACGGAGGUGGUGGAGUUUGAGAAAGAUCGGGACGACAUGGACUUGAAGGCGCUCGGGUUCGACAUCGCCGAGGGGGUGAACGACCCGUACCUGCCGGGAGAUUGUGGGAUAUUUGUGACGCGGGUGGACAAAGGAAGUCUUGCUGAUGGCAGGCUAAGGGUGAACGAUUGGUUGCUGAAGAUAAACGACAUGGACCUGACCAACAAGGACAGGAAGCAGGUGAUGAAGGCGGUCCUUAACGUUGGCGGCUUGAUCAACAUGGUGGUGCGGAGGAGGAAGUCUCUGGGCGGACGGCUGGUCACCCCCGUUCAUAUCAACCUCAUGGGGCAUAAAGACAGCGGAAUCGGCCUGGAGAACGGCGUGUUCGUCACCACGGUGGUCCAGGGCAGUCCGGCCGCCAGGGAGGGCUCCCUCACCGUGGGAGACAGACUGAUCGCUAUAAACGGCAUCGCUCUGGAUAACAAGUCUGUGACAGAGUGUGAGGCCCUGUUGAGGAACGGCAGGGACUCCCUCAGCCUGUCUCUCAUGAAGUUCUUCCCUCACAGCUCAUCCGGCCAGAACAUCUUUGAGAGUCUGCGUGAUCCCUCUGAGAAGUCCAACGGGCGAGUUCACCUGUCGGAAAUCCACGCCCGGAAUAGCCGCAACCUCAAACACAACAGCUCCACGCAGACGGAUAUCUUCUGCCCCGACGCAAGCGCCGUCUCCGGGGAGAGGAGGAAGCUCCGAGGGGAACCCGAUGAGCUCUACGCCGACAUGGGCAAGCCCUUCUCCAUGGGUUCCCUUCACGCCACCAGCCUGCGGCCGGCGUCCGACUUGGGCGCCGGCCGCUACGGCCCCAGCGCCUUCCAAGAGUGCUGCCCCUACUCGAAGGCGCCUUCGUCCUUGCCGUUUGACCCCGUCUCCGCUCCGGAGUGCCUCACCGUGGAGGCCGGCCAGGACAGGAAGCACAGCGGAGGAACGUGGCCCAAGAUGGUGGCGGCAGGCAUGUCGGUGGCGCCGGACAACACCAGCCCGGUCACGGCGGCGGCGCAGCUCUCCAUCUAUAAAUCACCCAAGCAGAGGAAGUCCAUCUUCGACCCGGACACCUUCAAGCGCCCUGAAACGCCCUCCUCCAAGAUGGAGUACAUGGCGGCCAAUCAGAUGGCGGCAGCAUCGCACUCUCCGCAGCCUUCAAAGACUGACUCCUCCUCCUCCACUCCCACCCCCACGCCCCCGACGCCGCCCACCCGCAGCGACUCCUUCAAGUUCAAACACAAACAUCAAAGCAGCUCCGCCUCCGACUGCACCAUCACGUCGGACGGCAAGGGCGACGCCGCCGUCUCCGCGGCGACGGGCGAGCGAGAGAGAGACCGGAACGGGAACCACUACUUCCUGGACGGUAAAGUCCUGACCUCCAGGAAGUCGUGCGACGAGGACAUCGGGCGCACCAGAGGGGAGGAGCCGGAAGUGAAGAGGCCGCGCCCCAAGUCCGCCCCCGCCCUUCGCCGCAGGAUGACGCCACAGACCAUCACUCUUCCCGCCUUCCAGAGAACGCCACCCUGUUCCUGUCAUCCAUCCCAGAGCUACUCCAACGACGAGCAUUCGCCAGAACCCAGGGACAUGCUACGCUCCUCCCCCAGUCGCUCCCACCGCCACAGCGUCGGCUUCGUCCCCACCGUCUACAACGGCACCCUGCCCCCCAAUUCAGCCCACCGGGGCUUGUCCCCCUGCCCCGCCGUGACGGCCGUGAUGAGGAAUCCCGUGUACACGGUACGCAGCCAUCGUGUACACGCCAGCAACUGUCCGUCCGUCGCCUCCCAGAUCUGUCACCAGCACGCCCCCACCAGCCCCCAGCAUCAGGGUCGACUGAGCCUGGACCUCAGCCAGCAGAAGCGGGUCGGCGACUACGCCGAAUCCUCAUCGUCACGCAGCAGCCGGGCCUCACACGGUACAAACUCACUGCCCUCCGGCGCACGGCUCGGUUCGUCUAAUAAUGUCCAGUACCGAGCCGAGAGGAUCAAGAUCCCAUCCACGCCUCGCUAUCCUCGCUCCAUGCUGGGCUCAGACCGAGGCUCCCUCUCGCAUUCCGAGUGCAGCAGCCCCAGCCUCAUCACGCCGCCGCAGUCGCCGCUCAAUCUGGAGACUUCCUCCUACGCCAGCAACCAAUCACAGGGCUCCAUUUCCACUUUACCUCGCAUCUCGGUCAGCCCGGUGCCGAUCGGGGAGCGCAGGAAAGACAGAUCUCUUUACCGUAACCGAUCCUUUCUAAGGAUUCCUCUGGCUGCGAGGCCGAGGUUCUCCUCUCUCAGGAGCCUCAGGCCUUACUUGGAGGAACCUCGCAACGUCAUCGUGCAAAAAGGCGCCGAGCCUCUGGGCAUCUCCAUCGUGAGCGGCGAGAACGGCGGCAUCUUUGUCUCCAAGGUGACCGGAGGCAGCAUCGCCCACCAGGCAGGACUGGAGUACGGGGACCAGUUACUGGAGUUCAACGGCAUCAACUUGCGUAACGCCACGGAGCAGCAGGCUCGCCUCAUCAUUGGUCAGCAGUGUGACACCAUCACCAUCAUGGCCCAGUACAACCCCCACAUGUACCAGCUGGGAAACCACUCCCGCUCCAGCUCUCGUCUGGAGCCGGUCAGCACUCAGUCGACGCCGCAGGGGAGCGGCGCCGCCACCCCGGACAAUCACUCCGCCAUCGACACGCUCAGCGAACAGGACGAGGGCACCCUCACCCCGUCCUCCAAACAGACCACGCCCACCACCAGCCCCCGCAGCCACGUCAGUAAGAAGGCGGCGGAGCCUCGACUGGUGACGGUGCACAGGCCCGGCGUGGAGGUGGGGGUCACGCUCUGCGGAGGGAACCUGCGGGGGGUCUACAUAGAAAGCCUGGAUGAGGACAGUCCUGCCCGGGGGGCUGAUGGCCUGCGUCCUGGCGACCUCAUCUUGGAGUACAAUGCGGUGACGAUGAAGAAUAAGACGGCGGAGGAAGUCUAUGUAGAAAUGUUGAAGCCGGCCGAGACGGUCACCUUGAAGGUGCAGCAUCGAGCCGACGACUUCGACCUGAUCAAAGACCUUCCAGGCGAUGGAUUUUAUAUCAGAGCACUUUACGAGCGUGUGGGGGAGGCGGAGGGGGACCUGACGUUCAAGAAGGAUGACAUCCUGUACGUGGAUGAGUCGCUACCAAAGGGCAGCUUCGGGACGUGGAUGGCCUGGCAGCUGGACGAGAACGCGCAGAAGAUCCAGAGGGGGCAGAUCCCCAGCAAGUACAUGAUGGACCAGGAGUUUUACCGCCGACACAGCGUGACGGAAAUGAAGGAAGACUCGGGCAAGACGCUGUCGGCGGCCGCCCGCCGCUCCUUCUUCAGGAGGAAGCAGAAACACAAGCGCAGCAGCUCCAAAGACAGCAAGGAGACGGUGGCUCUGGACGCCAUCAGCACCGACUCCAUCCCCUUCCUGGAGGACUGCGUCAGUCUGGCCUACCAGAGGGUCCAGAAGGUGGAGUGCACCUCUCCCAGACCCGUGCUGGUCCUGGGGCCGCUGACGGACCCCAUCAAGGAGAUGCUGGUCAAGGAGUCUCCGGGGAAGUUCUGCAGAUGUCUGCUAGAGGUGAUGAAGGCGUCCCAGCAGGCCAUCGAGCGAGGCGUCAAGGACUGCCUCUUCAUCGACUACAAGCGCCGCAGCGGCCAUUUUGACGUGACCACCGUGACCUCCAUCAAGGAAAUAACGGAGAAGGGGUGCCACUGUUUGCUGGACAUCGCGCCGCACGCCAUCGAGAGGCUGCACAGCGUUCACAUUUAUCCCAUCGUCGUCUUUGUACGCUACAAGAACGCCAAGCAGAUCAAGGAGCAGAAAGAUCCCGUGUAUCUGCGUGACAAAGUAUCUCAGAAACAUUCCAAGGAGCAGUUUGAAAGCGCACAGAAGAUGGAGCAGGACUACAGCAAGUUCUUCACAGGAAUCGUCCAGGGCGGCUCCCUCCCUUACAUUUGCACUCAGAUCACCACGAUAGUGGAUCAAGAACAAAGUAAAGUCCUGUGGACUCCACUGGGCGGCCCCUAGUGGACCAGGGCGGCCCCUAGUGGACCAGGGCGGCCCCUAGUGGACCAGGGCGGCCCCUAGUGGACCAGGGUGGCUCCUCCCUCUCUCUCUCUCCCUCACACGUUAGGUACACGACAGUACGUCGAUGCUCGCUACCCGUUGUCUUCAUUUCCUGUUGGUACUGAAGAGCAGAAACGUAGCAGCACUUCUUCACCUCCAAGUUCCUCCAGUCUUCCUUCCAGGAAUCCAUCUCCGUGUUUGCAAAGCGUCCUCGUUGUCCCUUUACGGUCUUAGACUUGACUCUGCAAUAUGACCCGACACGACCCCCACCACCCCACCCUUUAAGACCAGGUAUCCCACCAGGACCAGGCCCGACUGCGAAGCGUACAGGAAGACGGCCAUACAAAAAAAAUGGCCGCCUCUGGUUCCUCACGAAGAGUGAAGCCAUGCUGCUGUUAUUGGGUUAAAGAUGAUUACGUAACAUCAGUCCAAAUACAGGUACUGCUUUUCUACUUCCUAGCGGGAUAACGUAGGAUUUUGGUCAAAGUAGGAAUUUUAUUUCAGUUGGGGUACGGAAUGACGGGAAGUUCUUCCCAGUCUUCUUCUCAGGAUAAACUCACGUAUGAGUAGGAGGAUCAUCAAGGGUUGCUUUGACACGAUAAUAAUUAUACAUCUUUACGACUCACUUCUCUUUCAAUAUUAUGGCUGUCAUAUGAAAUAUGACAUGACUUCAUGAUAUGGGCGUGGUCAUAUCAAAUAUGAUGGACAGAAGGCAGGAUGUCGAAAAAAUGGUUUUCAAGAAAAAAGGGAACAAAAUCCUAAUUCUCAUAGUCGUUCCUCGCUGUAUCACACUUUUUCAUGGAUGGAUGGAUGGAUGGAUGGAUGGAUAGGGUGGGUGGGUGGAUGGACGAAUGGAUAGGGUGGAUGAUGGACAGAUGGAUAGGGUGGGUGGGUGGACGGAAAGAUGGAUGGAUGGGUGGGUGGGUGGAUGGACGAAUGGAUAGGGUGGAUGAUGGACAGAUGGAUAGGGUGGGUGGAUGAUGAAUGGAUGGAUGGGCAGAUGGAUGGAUGAAUGAAUGGGCGGAUGGAUGAAUGAAUGGGCGGAUGGAUGGAUGAAUGGGAGGAUGGAUGGAUCAAUGGGCUGAUGGAUGGAUGGAUGGUUGGGUGGAUGAAUGGAUGGAUGGAUGGAUGAUGGAUGGAUGGAUCAAUGGGCGGAUGGAUGGAUGGAUGGAUGGAUGGAUGGUUGGGUGGAUGAAUGAAUGGGCAGAUGGAUGAUGGAUGGAUGGAUCAAUGGGCGGAUGGAUGGAUGAAUGGGAGGAUGGAUGGAUCAAUGGGCUGAUGGAUGGAUGGAUGGAUGGAUGGUUGGGUGGAUGAAUGAAUGGGCGGAUGGAUGAUGUAUGGAUGGAUCAAUGGGCGGAUGGAUGAAUGAAUGGGCAGAUGAAUGGACGGAUGAAUGAAUGGAUGGAUAACUAUGUGUGAGAAGUACGGGGGGGGGUCACCAGGGGGCAGUAAUGACACAAUAAGUCAGACGUUAGCUUCCACCUUCUGACGUCAGCCAUGGCACGGCCGCCAUGACAGAGAGGAAAAAAGUUCUCCUCCCAUUCCGUGGGGAAGUGGUACGGUUUUGGUUUCUUACCUUGUCAUUUUUCCGUUUGAAACCCUUUCUCGAGUUUAAAAGAUACAUUUGCCGCUAACCGCUUAGCUUGCUAGUUUAAAGUUGUACAUGUACAAGAAAAAAUAUUACAUGAAAAAGGUCAUAUUUCUGACCAUGAAGUAGUAAUAUUAUGAGACCAAAAUCCUACAUUUAUGAGAAUAAAGUGUUACAUUUAGGAGGAGAAAGUGGUGUGUUUAUGUUCCAGGCAUUGCCUGAGACCGCUAUAAAAAGGGGGGGGCUUAUGUGACCUUUGGCCUUGGGCAUGUGUAUUCUCAAAAUAUUACCAUUUUUUUAAAGUACAACUUUAUUCUCAAAAUCUGAAUGUCUUGAUUCUGCAAUGUGGUCCUAAUUGUCUUUCGUACUCGGAGCCCAAAAAGUUGCAGCCAAGGCAACUAUAGGGGUGUUAUUCCAUGUCUACAGUGCUCUAAUAAUAGAAAAUCUUAAAGCCUUUUUUUUAUUGGUUUCUGAAUCCUGUACUGCAAUCUGGUCUGGAACCAAUUAGGUGCCAUGAAGGAGGGGCUUGUUCGCCAUCUUGCAUCUUCAUCUUUGUCAUUGGCUUGGCUGACUGUAUCCCACCCCCCCCUUUAACGUGACAGGACCCCCCCGCCCCUUGGACUCUUAUGCAUUUUCCACGACUUAGGAAGUUGACAGUAAACGUAUACGUACAUAUAUAGAUAUAUAUUCCUCAACAUCUAUGUAGAAUACAUCUAUGUAGCUGCGGUCACACUGCCAGCCAGUGCCAAGCAAGCACGACGACCCCCACCCCGCCCCCACCCCCCAGGUGGUCUCUAUGCAUUGUGUUCCUCAACCUCCUUACGUAGCAGGAAGUGCGUGCGCGCUUUUACGGGCCUUUUGGAAGUGCCUUCGGUAGAAGACGCCUGGUCCAGAAGCGGCUUGGGAGCUGAUCUGAGACCAGGGCGAUGGCGUUGGCUAUGGCGAUGGCUAUGGCGAUGGCGGAGAGCGCGUGGGAAAGUCCAAUUUGUUGUUUUUCCGAGGUGGGACGGGUUGAAGUCCUCAGAAUGCACUCCAGGGCUAGACAGACCACUGUGGAACUCAGUCCUUCUAUCUGGUGUUUAACACUACAGUAUGCAGCUCUAGCAACAAGAAGACUAGAUAUAUACAGAUAUACUAUAUACAUAUACAUAUAUAUAUAUAUAUAUUACAUGUAUUUUCACUAGGUGACACGCCUAGGAGGAUCUGACCGUCGAGUUAGCAUGUUUAUUUGUUUUUACGUUUGAUAUGUUUGUGUUUGCUUGUCAGUCGGGUGAUGUUGUCAUGAAACGAAGACGCUAGCCAGAGUAACUCACCCCCACCUUUAGUGACUUCCACUGUUAUUUAAGCGUUUUUUUAUCACUCUAAUUAUUGCUAGCACACAGGAAGAUGCAGAUAUUCCAAGCGUUCCUGUAUCCUGUCUUUUAUGGUGCCAAAUCCACUACGUUUCACCCUCCUUGUUGUCUCUGUUUUGCACUUGUUGAGCUGUGAACCUUCAAGGCGGGACUGAUGGCGGCUUUCCAGUCCGUGCUCGGUACUCCAUCACCCUCCUGUCGUCAUCUUGUUGUUUUCCUCUCGCAUCGCUUCCUCCCGUUUCACUCUCCAGGGCCUUUUUAUUCUCAAUGACUGGUGACUUCUAGAAAAGAAAAGAAAAGGGAUCUAUUCUUGCACACUUUUUCACAGGAAAUGGACUAUUGGGCUGAAAAGAAUCCUCCAAAAGUCUGAUGUUGCUAUUUUUGUGUGUAGCUAGCAUGUUGUAGGGAAGACGCAGGAUGGGGCGCUUGUACUUGUAGACCACGCCGGGUACCGAUUCAACGUCUCUUUAUAUUCAAAGAAUGUGAUUUGUAUGUCCAGACAUUAACAUGAGAAUAAAAGUCUUUUUUUUGUGUCUGUAUCACAACAUCAAGA